CAGGGCGCUGGUGGCGCCAGGCAGAGGCCGCAGCCGAAAGAUGCCGGUCCGCAGGGGCCACGUCGCGCCCCAAAACACUUACCUGGACACCAUCAUCCGCAAGUUCGAGGGCCAGAGUCGUAAGUUCCUGAUCGCCAAUGCUCAGAUGGAGAACUGCGCCAUCAUUUACUGCAACGAUGGCUUCUGUGAACUCUUCGGCUACUCCCGAGUGGAAGUGAUGCAGAGACCGUGCACCUGCGACUUCCUCACAGGCCCCAACACCCCACGCAGUGCCAUGUCCCGCCUGGCACAGGCCCUGCUGGGGGCCGAGGAGUGCAAGGUGGACAUCCUCUACUACCGCAAGGAUGCCUCCAGCUUCCGCUGCCUCGUGGACGUGGUGCCCGUGAAGAAUGAGGAUGGGGCCGUCAUCAUGUUCAUCCUCAACUUUGAGGACCUGGCCCAGCUCCUGGCCAAGCGAGGGAACCGCAGCCUGUCCCAGCGCCUGGUGUCCCAGAGCUUCCUGGGCUCCGAGGGCUCUCAUGGCAGGCCGGGCGCGCAGGGACCUGGCACGGGCAGGGUCAAGUACAGGACCAUCAGCCAGAUCCCGCAGUUCACACUCAACUUCGUGGAAUUCAACCUGGAGAAGCACCGCUCGGGCUCCACCACAGAGAUUGAGAUCAUCGCACCCCACAAGGUGGUAGAGCGGACCCAGAACGUCACCGAGAAGGUCACCCAGGUGCUGUCCCUGGGUGCGGACGUGCUGCCGGAGUACAAGCUGCAGGCACCGCGCAUCCACCGCGGGACCCUCCUGCACUACAGCCCCUUCAAGGCCGUGUGGGACUGGCUCAUCCUGCUGCUGGUCAUCUACACGGCCAUCUUCACGCCCUACUCGGCCGCCUUCCUGCUCGGCGACCAGGACGAGCCUCAGCGUGCGGACUGUGCCUACGCCUGCAGCCCGCUCACCACGGUGGACCUCGUCGUGGACAUCAUGUUCGUCGUGGACAUCGUCAUCAACUUCCGCACCACCUACGUCAACACCAACGACGAGGUGGUCAGCCACCCACGCCGCAUCGCCGUCCACUACUUCAAGGGCUGGUUCCUCAUCGACGUGGUGGCCGCCAUCCCCUUCGACCUGCUCAUCUUCCGUACUGGCUCUGAUGAGACCACAACCCUGAUCGGGCUGCUGAAGACGGCUCGGCUGCUGCGGCUGGUGCGCGUGGCUCGCAAGCUGGACCGCUACUCUGAGUACGGGGCGGCCGUGCUCUUCCUGCUCAUGUGCACCUUUGCGCUCAUCGCACACUGGCUGGCCUGCAUCUGGUAUGCCAUCGGCAACGUGGAGCGGCCCUACCUGGAGCCCAAGAUCGGCUGGCUGGACAGCCUGGGCGCGCAGCUCGGCAAGCGCUACAACGGCAGCGACCCGGCCUCGGGCCCCUCGGUGCAGGACAAGUAUGUCACGGCCCUGUACUUCACCUUCAGCAGCCUCACCAGCGUGGGCUUCGGCAACGUCUCACCCAACACCAACUCUGAAAAGGUCUUCUCCAUCUGCGUCAUGCUCAUCGGCUCCCUCAUGUAUGCCAGCAUCUUCGGCAACGUGUCGGCCAUCAUCCAGCGCCUGUACUCGGGCACGGCGCGCUACCACACGCAGAUGCUGCGAGUCAAGGAGUUCAUCCGCUUCCACCAGAUCCCCAACCCGCUGCGGCAGCGCCUCGAGGAGUACUUCCAGCACGCCUGGUCCUACACCAACGGCAUCGACAUGAACGCGGUGAGCCCCCGCCGCUCUGCCUGGGGCGGGGCGGGCGACCUAGCCCAAGUCCCAGCUCUGGCUAACUCCCCGAGCGAGGCCAAGGUCCCGCGGGCGCAGGGCGUCCCCAGAGCCCGCCCCACCCGUUCCCCCAGCCCCUCCCCCGCCCCGGCCGCGCCCCGCUGCACGCGCCCGCCCGUCUCGCAGGUGCUGAAGGGCUUCCCCGAGUGCCUGCAGGCCGACAUUUGCCUGCACCUGCACCGCGCGCUGCUGCAGCACUGCCCGGCUUUCCACGGCGCCAGCGAGGGCUGCCUGCGCGCGCUCGCCGUCAAGUUCAAGACGACGCACGCGCCCCCCGGGGACACUCUGGUGCACCUCGGCGACGUGCUCUCCACGCUCUACUUCAUCUCCCGCGGCUCCAUCGAGAUCCUGCGCGACGACGUAGUGGUGGCCAUCCUCGGAAAGAAUGACAUCUUUGGGGAGCCCGUUAGCCUCCAUGCCCGGCCGGGCAAGUCCAGUGCAGACGUACGGGCCCUGACCUACUGUGACCUGCACAAGAUCCAGCGGGCAGACCUGCUGGAGGUGCUGGACAUGUACCCCGCCUUCGCAGACAGCUUCUGGAGUAAGCUGGAAGUCACCUUCAACCUGCGGGAUGCAGGCGGGGGUCUCCAGUCAUCACCCCAACAGGCCCCAGGCAGCCAGGACCACCAAGGCUUCUUCCUCAGUGACAACCAGUCAGGUGCAGCCCCUUCCCUGAGCAUCUCAGAUGCGUCUGGCCUCUGGCCUGAGUUGCUGCAGCAAGUGCCCCCCAGGCCAAGUCAGAGCCCCCCAAACCCUCAGGGAGACCCAGACUGCUGGCCUCGGGAGCUAGGCUCCAGGCUAGAGCAGCUCCAGGCCCAGAUGAACAGGCUGGAAUCACGCAUGUCCUCAGACCUCAGCCGCAUCCUGCAGCUCCUUCAGCAGCCCCCGCCCCAGGACCACACUGGCUACAUUCUGGGAGCCCCUGCCUCCAAUGACCUGGCCUUGUCUCCUGCAACCUCAGCGACUCAGAGUCCAGGAACUAGACUACCCCAGGGCGAUCUGCCCCCUGCACAGGCCCCCAGUUACAGUGACCUGGACGAAUGGAGGCCGAAGCUGGGGAACUCCUCCUCCAGGAUGCUGGCCCCAGCCACAGAAAUGGACAAAACUGCAACACUGUCCUCGGAACAGAAGCAGCCUGAGGGGCUCCUGUCACCCCUGGCCUCACCUCUGCAUCCCCUGGAGGUACAGGGACUUGUCUGUGGUCCUCGCUUUCCCUCCCUCCCUGAACACCUCAGCUCUGUCCUCAAAUAGCUGGAGUUCCAGAGACAUGGCUCAGAUCCUGGAUUUGUGAGGAGCUAGAGCCACUGUACCCCAAAAUAAGAGACACCAGGAAGGAACUGAAGGUGGGUGAGGUGACAGUUAAGGAUUUGGGGGAGGCAGACAGCCUGUAAACUGAAAACCAUUUACCUAGAGUAGCUACAAACUGCCAAUCCAGGUGACCCAAGAUGGCUUGGGCGAAGAGGCUCAGGACUUCUCCCAGCCUCCCCCAGGUCUCUAUUUAGACAGCAGGCCUGGUGGAGGGUGGGUGAGCCUCAGGUGUAGAGGUAGCUUAUGGGACAGAGGGCUCAGUGAAGAACAGAGACCUUUCUGAUCUUCUGUGUGAGAGCCUUGCUCUGUGCCAAGUACGAUCACCUCCCAGCUCAGAACUCUCCCCCACCACCCAGCCAGCCCCCGAGGUUGGUCAAGACCUCCCACUGAGAGCCUGUGAACCAGCUGGAGAUGAAAGUAUCCUCUGUAGUGGACACAUCAGGGCACAGAACUCCAGCCCUCAGCCACUCUACCCCCGACGGUUCUGUGAUGACCUUUGGGACCCUAGUGGACAGUGGAGUGUCUCAGAGCUAAUAAAGUCUGCACACUUCAUGUUGGGCUGGGUGUGUAACUUACCUAGGGUCAUCAGGUCCUUGAUUGUGCUGUAACUGACAGCUGUGAUCUUCUCCAAGUCCCUCUCCCAAGGAGCUGUGUGUUGGGGACCUGAAGGUGGAUCCACCAGGUUCAGGAGUCCCCGGAGCAGGGGGCUUUUAGCCAGGCUGGGGUGAAGGGAAGCAGAGAGGCGCUGGCUUGGUGGCCAUAGGGAAUCAUGACAACAGCCAACACUUCCAUAGCGCUCACCCUGUGUUGGGGGACACCAUGCUGACUGCUCUGCAGAUAUUAGUUCAUCAACUCUUUACAACAGCUAUAUGGGGUCAGUAGUAUUAUCCCGAUUUUAAAGAAAGAUGAGGGAUCAGAAGCAGAGAGACACUAAGAAAUUUACCCAAGCAAGAGGGGAACUUCUGGGGUGCUGGUACUCUUCUAUUUCCUGAUCUAAGUGCUGACUGCAUGAAUGUGUUUCAGGUUGUAAAAAUAUGUGCACUUCUAUGUGUAAACUAUACUUUGAUUUAAAAAAAAAAGAAUAUUUCCCAAAAACAUAUCAAAAGGAGGACAUAAUUUCAACCCAGAUGGUCUGGUUUGAGAACAUGUGCAGUCAACUACUCCACUGAAA